AUGGCGCCACUGACGACUGCGAAAACCGAGAAGGCGAGCCUGGCCAAGGCCAACUGCUUCCGUCCCUGGCCCCUACUGACAAUGGGCCGGAAGCAUAGAAGCUUUCCGGUCAGUUUUGGGGUCUUUCAAGAUUACUACUCCCGACAGCCCGAGUUUAAAGGCGACAGUAACAUCCCCGUUAUUGGUACCGUUGCUACCAGCCUCUAUUUUCUCGGCGCUCCCAUUGCAGCCCCAAUUGUUAAGAGAUUCCGGCGCUUCCAGCGUCACAUGGUGGUCAUCGGAUCCAUUAUUUGUGUUCUAUCUGUUUUGAUCGCGUCCUUCGUCAACUCGAUUUCAGCUCUCAUCGCUACACAAGGUGCACUCUACGGAUUUGGCUUCUUGAUGCUCUAUAUGCCACUUCUGUUCAUGCUCAACGAAUGGUUCAUCAAGCGUCGCGGAUUCGCUUACGGUAUCCUUUACGCCGGAGGUGGCUUUAGUGGUGUUGGGUUGCCCUUCCUUCUCGAGUGGUUACUGAGCAGCUAUGGACACAAGACAACUCUACGAGUUGUCUGCAUCUCACAGUUUGUUUUGGUUGCACCGUCACUCUUCUUUCUAAGGCCCCGUUUGCCUUCUUCGCAUCAUGAUGAAUUACAAGCCCUUGAUCUUCGGUUCUUGAAGAAUCCCCUAUUCUGGGUUUUCACGGUGUCAAAUUUCUGCCAGGGUCUAGCAUACUACUUCCCUUCCCUGUAUCUCCCAUCAUAUGCAUCGGACAUGGGCAUGUCUGGAACUAUCGGUGCACUGAUUCUUGCCGCAAACAACCUUGCUACUAUAUUUGGGCAAGUUGGCUUUGGUCAUCUGACGGACCGGUGUAGCAACAUUCACGUCCUCGUAUGUAUUUCUACCCUGGGUGCUUCCCUAUCUGCCUUCCUCUUAUGGGGCUUCUGUCACCAUCUGGCAACCUUGCUCAUCUUCUCAAUCGUCUGGGGAAUCACUGCCGGUGCGUACGUGGUCUUCUGGCCCAAGUUUGGCACCAUGCUGUCCGAGGAUCCGCAACCUGUGUAUGCCCUCAUGGCACUCGGCAAGGGCGUCGGAAACAUCGUCACUGGUCCCAUCUCAGCCGGUCUAUUGACGAGGUCUCUAUCACUUGGCAGUUAUGGGCUGAAUAAAUACGAGCCAGCUAUUCUAUUUGCAGGCUCUCUUAUGUUGAUCUCUUCACUUGCUAUCGUUGGAUGGCCCAUCCAGCGCUUAGCGGCAAAAAGAGCUGAUGUUUGA